AUGAAAGAGUGCGAGCUGUGUCAAGCUGGCGGCGGAGCCAGGAUCUUCUGCGAGUCGGACCAGGCGAGCUUGUGCUGGGAUUGCGACGAGAAGGUCCACGGCGCCAAUUUCCUCGUGGCCAAGCAUUCCCGCAUCCUCCUCUGCCACGUCUGUCACUUCCCCACUCCCUGGACGGCCUCCGGUCCCAAGCUCGGCCACACCGUUUCAUUCUGCGAUUCUUGCUUCUCCCUUCACGGCGGUGACUACCAGACGACCGAGAGGAGCGGCGGCGACGGCGGAGAAGGAGCGGAGUUCGACGUCGAGGAAGAUGGGGAGACGACGACAACGACGGCGGAGGAGGAUGAGGGCUUUUCCGAUGAUGAUGAGUACGGUACGGAGGAGGAAGAUGGGGAUCUGAAUCAGGUUGUGCCGUGGUCGGGGGAGAGCUCUUCCGGCGCCGAAGAUGAAAGCAGACCGGCGGCGGCCCAUUAG